UCAAUUUUUGUUUUUUUUAAUGUGUUAUCUGCAUGACCGUUGUAUCAAACCUAUGGGCCCUCAUUUCAGCUUCUAAAGUAGAGCGCUCUCAGAGGUACUGGAAAUAAUUUUUUGCAGGACGAAGUUCGAGAAUCUGAAGCUUCUGUAGCAGUCCAUGCAUUUUCUCAUUUUCAGAUCCAGGUAAAGAAACUCUGAACAAGUCCUUGCUUUGUUAAAGAUGAAGCAACUUACCCGAAGUUCCUCCUAUUCUUGGUGGAGGGAAAGCCACAAUCGUCCAAAUCAAUCUGCAUGGCUUCGCAAUGCUCUAGAAGAGCUAGAUGAGAAGACUCAGAACAUCUUGAAUCUUGUAGAAGCAGAAGCUGAUUCGUUUGCUCAACGAGCUGAAAAUUUCUACCAUAAGAGGCCGCAGCUCAUUACCAUGAUUGAAGAGUACUACAGGGCAUACCGAUCAUUGGCAGAGCAGUUGGACCAUCUCAAGGGGGAAAUUAGACAAAAUGUCCCUAAACCUCUUCAAGUUAAGUAUGGAUUAUCUUGUGAAGCUCCUCUGGAGAGUCCAUUUAGAAAACAAUUUUCAGGAGAUAAGAAUCAGCGGUUUAAGGAGCUUCUCAGAAGGCACGAAACGUAUGGAUCUGAUUCAGAAGUAUCAGAAGUAGAUGAUCCAGAACCAGAGGAUUGCAACCGAAGGAGUAGAAGACAUUCCGACCAGGAAUCUAUAAGAAUGAUACCUUCUGAUCUGGAAUCUGAAAGCACGUUAUCUUAUUCAGAUUCCGAAGCUGCUAGCCAUGUUGUAGAGUCUCCAGAGAUUGAAAAUGUUGGAAGCAAAAUAAGAGAAAUGCAAGCAGAGAACUUGCUUCUUGUCAAACAAUUAACAGCAAAAAACAUUCAGGUUAAACGUUUGAAGAUAGAAAACAAUAAAUUGAAGAAGGAAAAGGCUUUCUGCAAAGAAGAGAUGUCUUUAGUUGUGCAGGAUAGGAGUCUUUUGGAAAAGGAGUUGGAGACCAUCAAAUCGGAGAACGCAAAACUCAGGAAUGAAAAUGAGGUUAAUGUGUGGGAAAGGAAUGAUUUGCACAAGGCGUUAGAAUUCAUCAGAUAUGAGAACACCAAACUGCAGAACGAAAAUGAGAUCAAUGGACAACAGCUCAAAGUUCUUACAAAAAAGGUCAGCAACUUGCAAAAAGAGAACAAAAGCUACAAGAGCAUGUCACUUGUCCUUGGCUGUGUCAAUGGAGAAGCUGCAAGGUUGGCUAGGAGCAAUGUGAGGUUGCGGAAUGAAAUGUGUGGAGGCAAUAAACAAAGUGAAGGCGCUGUGCAGAUUCUGAAGAAAGAGAAAAAUAAAGUUGAAAUCAUCUUGGAAGCUAAAGAAAAUCUGGUAAUGGAACAGAGUUUCAAAAUAAAGGAAUUGCAAAACGAGGUCUGUGAUAGAGAACUAGAGUUAGAUGUUAUCAAAGCAGAAAACACCAAACUGAGAAAUAAAAAUGAGGAAAAGAAUGUUGAAACUACAGGGAAGGCUCAAGAAAAAUUCAUAUCAGAACAGAAUUUGAGAAUAGAGGAAUUGCAAAGGGAGGUAUAUGGUCUUGUGGCAGAGAACAGUAAACUGAGGGAUGAAACUGAAAUUAAUGUUCAACAACUACAAGUUCUUAAAGAGAAUGUCUCUAAGUUGCAAGAGGAGAAUAUAAAGCUCUGUACACAGAGUAAGAAUGUUGAGAUCACAUUGGAAGCGAAAGAAAAAUUCAUAUUAGAACAGAAUUUGAGAAUAGAGGAAUUGCAAAGGGAGGUAUAUGGUCUUGUGGCAGAGAACAGUAAACUGAGGGAUGAAACUGAAGUUAAUGUUCAACAACUACAAGUUCUUAAAGAGAAUGUCUCUAAGUUGCAAGAGGAGAAUAUAAAGCUCUGUACACAGAGUAAGAAUGUUGAGAUCACACUGGAAGCGAAAGAAAAAUUAGUAAUGGAACAGAAUCUGAGAAUUGGGGAAUUACAGAAUGAGGUCUAUCAGCUACUUGAAGAAAACAGAGUACAGGAGAUUCAACUGCUCGAGAGAGAUGAACAAAAAAGAGAAGCAAUAAGGCAGCUCUGUUUUACUCUGGAUGCAUUGAUGGAUAAGAACAAGAGAUUGCAGGAAGCUCUCCAAAAAUUGCAAAGGGAAGUGGGAAAGAAGCCUAAUAAUAUUGGAAUCAGAACGUCACGAAUUUCAAGGUGGCAGAAAUUUCUAUUUCCCCUUCUGGAUGGUAGAUCUAGGCCUUUAGCUAUUUGAAAGCACACAUUUUGCAUUGCAUUACUGUAUAGUGUAUGAGUAAGUUUGUGAGUUUUUUAUGAGGCGGCAUUAUUAUUCACUUUUGUCUAAAGUUUUGUUUCUGAUUAUAAGUAUGUUCAAUCUUUAUAUCCCUGUUGGUUUUACAAGCAAGGAUAUUGGAGAAUGGUUAGGACUGCAAUCAAAGAUAUUGCAGAAGAGAUCCAUCACCACCUCUCCACACUGUAUGAAAUCCUGUUGGGUACUUAUGUAUUUGCCUCUUAGCUUCAAUAUGUACUGUUCUCUGAAAAUUUGGGCUAUGUGCAGAGGGUUUUCUUUAUUGUCCUCUUCAGCAUUGCAUGCUUGGGUAGUCCCUGCCUUUGUUGGUGACAGUGAAAUUAUUUAUAUAUUAUUUUGAAAUUACUUAUUUUA